GUCUAGCACGUCACGUCACAGUUUUGUCGGGCUCCGUGAGCUGUCAGACUAUUCGCGAAAUCCGAGAAUCGAAAUUAAAUAAAUUUCUGGAGCAAAAAUGGCUAAUACUACCCAUAAUAGCCCUAGAGUAAGCACAGAGAAGGUACCCUUAGAGACUGACGAAGGUAUAAUGGAGAGUGAAGAACGGAAAUGGGGCAUACCUUUGAAAGACAUGUAUAAACAAGGGCUCGCCUUCUAUAAAGAUAAGGAAGGAAAAGCUCUCCACCUAAGCUAUGAAGACAGGUUAAAGCUUGUAGCAUAUACACAGCAGGCAGCACAUGGCACAUUGGACUUGAAUUCUGCUCCACCGUUAGGAGUUCUGGAUGUGAUAGGGCGGGACAGGCGGGCGGCAUGGCAUGCGCUCGGCAACAUGUCUCAAGUACAAGCUAUGGCAGGCUUCUUACACACUCUAGAAAGAUUAUGUCCCUUAUUCAAACCAUAUGUGGAAGCUAUACAAAAGGAUCUUGAGGCUAAAAAACAACAAGAGGAUAAGAAGCAAAAAGAGGAGAAAGCAAACACAGAUCUCCAAAACAGAAUAAUAGAAGAGAAACAAAAACAACAAAGUACCAAAUUAACUGAAGAACAGCAAGUUCAAAAAGUCAAAGAUGCCCUCAAUGCCCAAACCUAUGACCAGUUCCUACAAUACGCACAACAGCAAUUCCCUGGGAACUUCGACCAGCAAGCCAUCCUCAUCCGGCAGCUGCAAGACCAGCAUUACCAGCAGUACAUUCAGCAGCUCGCCGUGGACCAGAGGCUCGCCAACUCUAAUAUAAAGACGGACAGCUUGGAGGAUAAUGGGAAUGAAGAGAAGAAUGAGGAUAGUGGUGAUUGGGACACAUCAGAUCUGGAUAAUAAGAACACAUCUGUAGCUUCAGAAACUGAUCCCAUUCAAAUUCGACCUGAGGACGAGGCCACAGAUCUUUUGGCGCACAAAGAAGAUACGAAAGCAGAUGAAGAGUCUGAUGAAGAUGACAUAUUCCCACCAGUAGAAGAAGCGAACAUGUGGACGCGAGGCGAAAUAAGCGUGUUCAAAGAAUCGGCACGCGCGGGCGGCGGGCGACUCACAGUCGGUCACGGGGAGACUGUGACUGUGAGGGUGCCCACACACCAGCGCGCCAAGUGUCUCUGCUGGGAGUUCGCUACCGACAACUAUGACAUAGGUUUCGGUUUAUACUUCGAGUGGAGUAAAUCGCCAACGAGCGAGGUCACCGUACACGUCUCAGAAAGCGAUGACGAAGACGACGCCGAUGAUGAUGGCUACGGAGAUGAAGAAUACACAGUGACAGAAGGAGGCUUAGACCCAGAGAUGGGCCCCGAGCGACGCGCGAUGCAGCACCAAAGGCCUCCGGUCAGCAUCGUCGUGCCCAUAUUCCGCAGGGAUUGUCAUACUGAGGUUUACGCCGGUUCGCACACGUACCCCGGCGAAGGAGUGUAUCUACUAAAAUUCGACAACACCUACAGCUUAUGGCGAUCAAAAACCCUUUACUACAAAGUAUACUAUACACAGUAAAAAAUAAAUUGUUCCAACAGAGCCAUGACAAAUUAUAAAAAGGAUAUCGUUUAUAGAAGAUUGUAUAUUUAUUCGAUUUAUGAGACUUACUCAUUCUGCCAGUAUUUGUGAUGAUUUCUAGCAAAAGGUACAAUUUUUGAUGGAAAUCCUAGCAUCUUUCAGUAAGAAAGAAGGGACUUCUACCUUUUGACUGAGAACUACAGAUUGUUAAUAUAUUGUUUGAAGCGCAAUAUGAAUUAAAUGAUAUAUUUAAAAAUAUUUUAAGCGGGUUACUCACGUAUUAAGUCGAUAUAACGCUCGACAUGUUCCGAUCCAUUUCCGAGGAUCUUUUUCAAGAGUAGCGACCCCGCCUCUACGCCUCGAGAGCGCGACGCAUACUGCGACGCAUAAAUGAUUUAUGUUCAGUUUCAUUUCUACUCGUAGCUUAUUUUAUUUCUAUGGCAUAAAAUGAUGCAGGUGGGAAAACUGAAAUACUUAUUUUUCUAGUCCUAAUACCCUGUUCUUACAGCCUAUACUGUAUCAAAUACCUUAAAAUUCUAACUGGAACUCAGUUCUAACUGGAACAAUGACACAAAGCGUUGUAUGAAGGCAAAAUAUUAAUAGGCUUUGAAUAAGGUAUUUGGCUUAAUAAGUGUUUUAUUAUAAGCAACUAAUUUGCUAAACACUGCUAAUUUACUUCACUACUCAAAUCUUAUUUUAAAUCUGAAGGCCAAGUUCUAGCAUUAAAUUUACAGAAAGGGUAUUAAAGGCGGUUACAGACGAGCGUUUUUUUACGCGCGUAAAUCGUCGUUUCCGCAGACUAUCAUAUACGCCCGCUACGCUCGUAUACGAGCUUACGUUAGGCGUUUGCGUUAAAUACGUACUAGAACAGGGUUAAAUAAUAUGAAAAUGUGUGUUUACUCAUACUUUGUGGUAAAACCAAUAUCUAACAAUCUACACAACUGAACUUAAAAAAAAACGAUUUUAAUAAGUUAAGCUUUGUACAUUUACAUUGUUCCUACUUAGUUUUUAUUUUAACAUAAAUUUAAUUAUCGUGGUAGGCAUCAUAAAGGUUACCAUCAGUAUAUUCCCAGUUAUCACCAAGUUAUACACGACAAUUGAUUAAAACUAAAACGUAUACCCUCCUCAUAUUUCUCAUUUAUGGCUUUUCCUAGUUGGUCUUGUACUUUCACGGCUGUUACCAGAGGUAGUGAUAACAAUAAUAUAACAGGUGGGAAUAAUCCUUACCAUUCGCCUAAUUUGUCCAGGUCUCAAUACACUUACACUUAGUUUAGGGAGACUUGAGGCGAGUUGAAACAGGGGUAAGUUGAAACAAUGUCAAUUUUUCAGUAUCUAAUAUCGUUUUUUGAGUCAAUGUCGCAUGAGGGACGGUGGAGGGUUUUUUCAGCUCGAUAAUAUGUUUUAAAAUUGUUAUUUUUUCAACUUACCUCUGUUUCAACUCGCCUUCGUCUCAAUAAUUAAUUCAUUGCACAUUAAAUUUUUGCCAUGUUAUAGUCUUCAAUAGUACCUAUGUAUUUUAAUAGCACAUCCAUACGUAUAUUUAAAUAUUGUUCUCAUGUAAUAAUGAAUGAAAUGAAUUAGUCUUUAAUUCGCAAUAUGCUGUGUAUCGGUCACAAUUAAUAGACAUAUUUGUGAUGAAAACUCCUAACUUUUAAAAUAACAGUAAAAAGCCUGUAGUCAUAUUGAAAAGGGGUUCAUACCCGCGCUGUCUGUAACUUGUGCCCCUUUUCUUCAAUGUAAUAACAACUAACCAAUUAAUAUUAUUAUAUGAUUGCCAAAAUAUUCACCAACGGCUUGAUAAGUAUGCGACUGUUAAUACCUACCUUAUAUAGCACAAUGUCGAAAAUCAAAUUUCCGAAGUACGAAAUUCCAAAAGACAUGAUAUCGAAAAUCAAAAUUGAUAAUGUACGAAAUUCCUAUUUCUUACAGAUGCAUGUACUACUAUAGCUAAUUGGCCAAUUUUUAGAAAGGACAAUACUGCUAAUGUACGAUAAAUACGAUCGACAUUUUUCCUACAUCUAGUUGAUCUAGUUAACCUAAGUUUAAAUUUUAUUAACAGUUAACACAUUGUGCUACGUACAGUCAACAACACAGCUGUGUAUACAGACAAAGUGCCAAAAAUAUGUAUACAGAACUUUAUUACCUGUACAUAAAGGUGUGUAUACAUAUUUUUGGCACUUUGUCUGUAUACACAGAUGUGUUGUUGACUGUACCCUUAUAUAGAUACAGGGUUCCCAUGACCAUAAAUUAAAUAACAAACAAUCUCUGAUUUUAUUAAUGCUACUUUAUCAUAACUAUCUAAAAUUCUGUUGUCAAUAACAUCCAGUAUAUUAAAAUAAUCACCUUUUAUAAGUAACAAGAUACAUUUUUAUUUAUAAAACAUGCUUAGGUAUUAAAAUUCCUAGUUAUGAACGUCGUGCCCAAAAAAGGUAAUUAGGGCCACAAUAUUCGGUGAAAAAUAGUCACCCUUAGGGUCUGCCCAAACAUAUCGACGUGGAAUCGACUUUCGCCGACCAAAAAUCGCUCGAGCCGAUUCGGCAUCGAUAGGUUUGGGGAGACUCUUAAAGUCAGGAAUACGAACGGAGAAUUUAAUAUUGUAUAUAUGUUAAUAACUUAUAUAUAUUUAUAUACCGGGUAAGAGGGAUAUAAACUAGGGAAUGCAAACCGGUUAUAACCGUAACCGAAAUAAUCGGUUAUAACCGGUUAUUUGCCAAAUUUUCAUAACCGACUAUUGGGAAACUCAACCGGUUACGGUUAUUAUUUUAUGACUAAAAUUCGUUGAAUUGGGCCUUUAGUCACUCCAAAAUACUGCCUAUUAUGGCUAUGACUAUCAUUUUGUCGUUCGAGUACUUUAGUAACGAAAAUAUAACUAAUAUCUUCCCUUACUUGUGAACGAUUUUGAUUGGAUAUUGUAUCACGUCAAAGGCCUUAUUAUCACUUUCACUAAAUUGCGGUUUUUAUUCCAAAAACACAGACUUACGCUUACAUUAUCUAAUACUUUACCUUUAUUUUGGUAUAUUUCGAUUAUUUAAUUGAAUAUUUACCACUUUUUGUCGAAAAUAACCGUAACUGAUUAUAACCAGUUAUCGGUUAUUUUUCGUGCAUCCGGUACCGCAACCGGUUAUGAAAUUUGGUCGGUUAUUGCAUUCUCUAAUAUAAACAUAGGUACUAUAUUUACAAUAAGGCAUUGGUGUGGUGUUCAUGUGCCAUUAGGGGAACAAAAUGUUGAAUGUAAAUACAAAUGUAACUUGACGAGAUUCUUUACUAUAUGUUCCUUAACCCUUUAUCGUCGUCUAACAUGGCACAUUCUAAAAGUUAAUUUACAAAUUUCCAUAGAUCCCUACUAUAUAUUAUAUGUUUUAGCGCUGUUUAUGUUUACAGGUUAUAAUAUUAAAAAAAAAACAUUUAAAAAUGUUUUAAGCGGGAACGUUCGACAUGUUUCGAUCCAUUUCCGAGGAUCUUUCUCAAGAUUAGCGACGCCGCCUUUACAUGUCGAGAACGCGACGCAUACUGCGGGCGCUUGCUCUGUGUGCGCGGGCUUUUUUAAAUAUGUUUACAGGUUAUGUUGUUUUUUUACUUAAAACUAUAAUUUAAGGGGAUUCUUAAACUGAUGGUGAUGUAAAAUACUAAAAAUUAUUUACAUAUCUUCAAAUAACGUUAUGUUGGCAAUAUAAGGACUUUUGGUAAAUAUAAAAAUGCCGAGUUCCAACAAAAUAAUCGGCAAUUAAAGGUAACAAUUCCGCGAGUAUGUCCCUUACGAAAUGAGACUCUUCUAAUACUUCUGAGAACGCUAAUCAUUAUUUGACUAACAAACUGACAGUAUAUUUUAAAGCUUAAUGUAUGUCAUUGAAGUUACUGCCAUACAAUGCAAAAUCAUUUCGUAAUGGACAUGCUCGUGAAAUGCACUAAAAACGGUCAUCGCGUACAUUCAGUUUGGCAAAAAAGCGUAGAAAUCGAACUAUUUUUUUAUCAUAGCAACACUUCUUUCAUACAGAAGUGUUAAAAUAGUUGCCACAUGCAAAGCGGUUUAGAUAGACGGUGGCGCCACUAUUAUUUUCUACUGUUUUUUGCCGGGCUGCAGUCUUUAGAAUUCCAAAAUUUUACCAUUCAAGAAAUCCUUUAAAACUCUCUGUUUAUAAGUCUUAUUUAUUGACUAGUAUUUAGUAAGAUGAUCGUGUAGUAUUAUCAAUAGCAUUUUUAACGUAUAGUGAUGUUAGAUCGAUUAUACAUGAAUGUUAGAACCUAGCAUUGUGUUACAUGUCAUUUCGAACUGUAUUUUAAUUAAUUUGUUGUAUUAUAUUAUGUUAAAUCUCUGUCGUUAGUAGUAUCAGCCCUAAAUAUAUCUACAAACAUUGUGCAAUGAAAAAUAUAUUUAAAAAAAAUUGUUAUGUCCUCCCAGUGUCUAUGAAAGUUCCAAGACUAUUAUUUAAUAAAUUAUAACACGA